CCUUCUUCCUAUUUCACUAUAAAUACAGCACCAUUCUCUCGUCUCUUACAUCACAGGAAAAUAGAAAAAGACAGGAAAAAAAAAAAGAAAUACAAACGAAUUUUCUGUUCUUUUUUAUUCGUGUUUAUUUAGAGAAUGGGAGCUUUUGAAACAGAAAAACCCGCAAAAGAUGCGGCCGUUGUAGAGACACAGUCACCAGAGGAAGAUCUGAACCAGCCAUCUCCCCUCCGCAAAAUCAUCUCCGUCGCUUCCAUCGCCGCCGGUUUACAGUUCGGGUGGGCCCUACAGCUCUCUCUCCUAACUCCUUACGUCCAGCUUCUCGGUAUCCCUCACAAAUGGUCCUCUCUCAUCUGGCUAUGUGGCCCCGUCUCCGGCAUGAUUGUUCAACCCAUCGUCGGUUACCACAGCGACAGAUGCACCUCGAGAUUCGGUCGCCGUCGUCCCUUCAUCGCCGCCGGAGCCGCCCUGGUCGCCGUCGCCGUGUUCUUGAUCGGAUACGCCGCGGAUUUCGGCCAUAAAAUGGGGGACAAACUCGAGCAGGAUACCGCGAGGGUCCGAGCCAUCGGGAUCUUCGCCUUCGGGUUCUGGAUCCUCGACGUGGCUAACAACACCCUCCAAGGACCGUGCCGCGCUUUCCUCGCCGACCUAUCCGCCGGAGACGCUAAAAGAACUCGAGUCGCAAACGGGUUUUUCUCCUUCUUUAUGGCGGUUGGGAACGUUUUGGGAUACGCCGCAGGUUCUUACAGUAACCUCCACAAGAUGUUCCCGUUCGCAAUGACCAAAGCUUGUGAUAUCUACUGCGCCAAUCUCAAGUCUUGUUUCUUCUUGUCCAUCACACUCCUCCUCAUCGUCACCGUCUCGUCCCUCUGGUACGUUAAAGACAAACAAUGGUCUCCGGCGGUAAACUCCGGCGACGAGAAGGCAUCGAAAGUUCCAUUCUUUGGAGAAAUCUUUGGAGCUUUUAAAGUCAUGCAACGUCCCAUGUGGAUGCUUCUUAUGGUCACGGCACUAAACUGGAUCGCAUGGUUCCCGUUUCUUUUGUUCGAUACUGACUGGAUGGGUCGUGAAGUGUACGGUGGAGAUUCAGGAGGAGACGCUGGAAUGGUGAAACAAUACAACAAAGGAGUACACGCUGGUGCAUUGGGAUUGAUGCUUCAGUCGAUAGUUCUUUUGUUUAUGUCACUUGGUGUAGAGUGGAUUGGUCGGAAAGUGGGAGGAGCUAAGCGGCUUUGGGGGAUUGUGAACUUCAUCCUUGCCAUAGGUUUGGCCAUGACGGUUCUAGUUUCUAAGCUGGCGGCGGAACACCGGAAAACCGCCGGUGAGCUUGCCGGGCCGUCGUCUGGUGUGAGAGCUGGAGCGUUGAGUCUCUUUGCUGUUCUUGGUAUUCCAUUAGCUAUUACUUUCAGUAUUCCAUUUGCACUAGCCUCCAUAUUUUCAAAUAGCUCCGGCGCCGGCCAAGGACUUUCUAUCGGAGUUUUAAAUUUGGCGAUUGUGAUACCACAAAUGAUAAUAUCACUUGGAGGAGGAUCUUUUGACGCCCUCUUCGGUGGUGGAAACCUACCAGUAUUUGUGGUCGGAGCAAUCGCAGCGGCCAUUAGUGGAGUAUUAGCGUUAACCGUUUUACCUUCACCACCACCAGAUGCACCUGCUUUGAAGUCAGGUUCAUCGGUAAUAUUACCAUUGCGUAUAAGCAAGCACACAAAUGAGGAUGGGUUUGAAUCAGAAGGCAUUCCACUUAGACGAGGUCUCCAUAUAUAAAAGCGAUGGUUUUACAAGAUCAAGGAAAGUAAAAAUCGCGCAAAGAUGACGAAAUCUCAGUUCUAGGUCAUCUUCUUCUUGGUACAUAUGAUGUUGAUUUCAUCAAACAUAAGGCAUUAGCACACACCCACGCAUAAACCUUGUGUGGCCUCUUAAUAUUUUAUAGACAUAGAUGGCUUUUGCUUAAACUUGUCUUCUUACAAGCAUAUAACUGAAGGUUUCAAUUCAUGAUUUGCAUCUCCGAUGUUUUUAUUUAUUUUAGCCUUCUACAGUA